AGGUGGCCAUAGCAGCAUCACCUAGGGCAGGCCUGCAUCUAACACCCAAGCCCUCAUUCUUUUCCUGCUCAUUUGACUGUUCUUGGGUUAGACCAUGGCACCUACUCUGACCACAGCGUUCGCCAGGCGGUGGUGGAUGGCUGUCACUGCCAUCAUUGAAAACCUGCUGUUCUCUGCAGUGCUGCUGGGGUGGGGGUCCCUGCUCAUCAUGCUGAAGUCUGAGGGCUUCUACUCAUACCUUUGCACUGAUGAGGGAAACCACACCAGCUCUACAAACCUGUCCCUGCCCACCCCGUCCACUGAUGAGUAUGCAGACUACUAUAUGAUGCUUGAGAGUGAGACGGGUGUGGUGGGCUUGGGGGAUGGGGUGGAGAUGAAACCUCUACUGCCCCCCAAUGGCCCUCUGAAAAUGAACGGCUGGCUCAUCUGUAAGGAGCAGGACGAGAUGCUCAACUUGGCCUUCACAGUGGGUUCUUUCCUGCUUUCAGCCAUCACUUUGCCACUGGGGAUCGUCAUGGACAAAUACGGGCCACGCAAGCUCCGACUUUUGGGAAGCACCUGCUUUGGACUGUCCUGUCUAAUGAUUGCAUAUGGAGCUUAUAAACCAAAUGAACUCUCUGUCCUCAUCUUCAUCGCCCUCACAUUUAAUGGCUUUGGGGGCAUGUGUAUGACCUUCACCUCUCUCACACUACCUAAUAUGUUUGGGGACCUUCGCUCCACAUUUAUUGCCCUCAUGAUUGGUUCUUACGCCUCCUCAGCUGUCACCUUCCCAGGAGUCAAGGUGAUUUACGAUUUGAACAUAUCUUUCAUCACCAUCUUGGUUGUCUGGGCAGCCUGUGCUGGUCUGGUUUUUCUCAACUGCUUCUUCAACUGGCCCCUUGAGCCCUUUCCUGGGCCAGAGGAUAUGGACUACUCUGUGAAGAUUAAGUUCAGUUGGAUGGGCUUUGACCACAAAAUUACCGGAAAGCAGUUUUAUCGCCAAGUGACCACCAUUGGGCGCCGUCUCAGUGUGGGAACAAGCCUGAAGACUGAUGAUAUGCCCACCAAAGAGGGCCAAAAGCUCUGCCUGUCCACCACAGACCUGGAGAUGGAGUCUAAGGCACAAGUAGAGACCCAGUCAUUCUUGAAGAGUGUGGUCAGCCCCAUCUUUCUGCUCAGUGCGGUCACUAUGUCGGUCACUCAGCUGCGUCUGCUCUUUUACAUGGGAGCCAUGAACAGUGUGCUGGAGUCACUCACUGAUGACCUCAACACAGUGAGUUUGUAUUCGUCCAUCUUUGGCGUGCUGCAGCUGCUCUGUCUGAUGACCACCCCAGUGAUUGGUCAGAUCAUGGACUGGAAGUUGAAAGAGUGUGACGAUGGAGAUGGGGAGAAACAGAUCUCCAGCACAGGAGAGAAGAAGAAACGCAGGGACAGAAAGACACAGAAAGUGACCAAUGCCUUGAGAGCAUUUGUGCUCACAAACGUCCUGCUGGUGGGAUUUGGUAUUACAUGCAUAAUCCCUAAUUUGCACCUUCAGAUUGUGUCAUUUGUUUUACACACUGUGGUCAGAGGGUUCAUCCACUCAGCUGUUGGUGGUCUGUAUGCUGCUGUGUAUCCCUCGUCCCAGUUCGGCAGUCUGACAGGGAUGCAGUCUCUGAUCAGUGCAGUGUUUGCUCUCCUGCAGCAGCCUCUGUUUUUGGCCAUGAUGGGUCCACUACAGGGAGAUCCAUUUUGGGUGAACAUCGGACUGCUGGUUCUCAGUAUGCUGGGAUUUCUCCUUCCUCUCUAUCUGAUCUGCUACAGACGAGUACUCAACAAGGAACAAAUGGAGAGAGAAGAGAACGCCAAGAUCUACAUCAAAAUCAACGGCUCUGACAUCCCAGAAGCACUAGUUUAAUAAACUGUGAAAAAUCAUCAACACAACAUUCACUGACUGAAAGGACACCUUAGCAGAUUUCAAAGAUAGAUAUAAAAAAUAUUAUAUCUGGAUGAGAUCUGACCUCAUCCACACAUCAAACUGUUGGACCACGACAGGACAAGGAGGAAGAGGAAAAGGGGAUGAAGAAGCAGUGAGAGGAAAGACUGUGAAAGGAGGAGGUUCUGACCUCUGUAUCCCCCAAAACCUCUCAGCCUCAUUUUCUCCUGCUUUAGUCAUGUUAUAUUUAAUGUAUGAGUGGAACAUUUAACACAGCCACAGUUAUGUAUUAUAAUCUGUGAUAUUAGUAUAUUUUUUAUUUUUGUUAUUAAAUCAUUUACCAUUAAAAAAUAGCUCUUUAUUUUACAUGUGUCAUAUAAAGAAGUAAAUGCUACACCAUUCUUCUGUAGUUUUAGAUAUAUUUUUGACAUAUCAUUAAGUAUAAUCUAGUUUUAUAUAUUCUCCAUCUGAAAGGGAAUAAAAACUGUCAUUUGUAAUACAUUUAGUAUUUUUAUUACCUUCUAUUUGCUCUUGUACGUUAUUUAUCCCAUAGCUUGCCUCUAGCUGUGCCUAAUGUGCUUUAUGCAUAUGUGCAAAAGUGGAUUUAGACAAUUUAGAUAAUAAAUAGACAUUUUCCACCUGCAUUUUCAGCACUUUAUCCACAUAUAUUCAGCUCGCCAUUGUCAGCCCCUGGGAUAAACUAAUUAUAAUUCCAAGAGUGUGUGUUCUAGAUGUGGCAUAUGUUAAUAUUGUGCUAAAUAAAGAUGUUUCAGUCAUGAUUCCAAUGCUGGUUUGUAGCUGUAAUAAAAUUGUCACAGAUUAAGUCAGACCUAACAACUCAGCCUUCCCAUCUCUUCUCUGUAGAGGUCGCUAAACUCUAUAUUUUAAUGCACUCAAUCUAGGCCUAUACAUACAUGUGUAAUAAAGCC